GAGCUGAAAGUGCGGCUGCGCUUCCUUUUCCUCCUGUUGCCAGCCGGGAAGCGCUCUCCUCCCGCAGACUGCCAGGCGAACUCUCCUGACAGAGAGCCACCAUUGGCUGUCCCGACUGCCGAGGCUGGCAGGCAGUGGUGACGGGGAAGGACCCAGACUGGAGGACCUUUAGGUGGAAAUACCAAGAGAACCUCUAAACCUCGGACUAAAAGGAAUAGGAUUUAAGUUUUUGUUUGAACUUCGGAUUUUCCGAACGGAUCUAAAUCGUCGCUGACGUUCAGUGUUGGACUGGAAGUUUCCGAGUGGAGCGUUGCUGUGAUGUGGUGACGCGACUCGACCGCAUCGACGGGAAGCUAACGUUAGCCGAGGCGCUAACGCUACUUGAUAAAUCAUUUCAACAGUUUUUGACACAUUUUCAAAAGUUUUAAUAUUUUAUAUAUGACGUAACAUGUUUUGUCACAUAUUUUGAUCAUGUUAUCUAUUUUUAUGUGAAACAAAGCAUACAAGUCAGCGCACUAAACUAGCGAGCAUUAGCUACUUAGCAGGCUAGUAGCUAACGAUGGCUAGCUGUCGACUUUAAACUGACUUCAAGCCAAAGAUUUCUGUUUCAAAUUAGCUAGCAAGGCGGAAACAGUUUCCACGUCACCUGACUGUAUACACUACUGUUAGUUAUGAAAUGCUGUUUUUGUCGAGUUAAACUUUAUAAUUUGAGGUGGCCGUUUGUUUUGAGAUGCAAAAAUAGACACUUUACUUCCAAAUCCAGGUAUACAAUCGCCAGCUAGCAUGCUAACGUUGAGUUAGUCGGCCAAACUUGGAAUACUGCCCUCUGCUCACUUUGUAUGGAUUUGAGGCCUUAAAGAAAUUACCCCCUUUUUUUUUCCACAAGGAGUACACUUUGACAGCAUUAAUGCUUCGCGGCCUCUUAAUGGAAUUUGUAUAUUGUGAAUAACUGGAUAUUUGCGAAGCUUGUUAAAGGCUCUUGGCUCACUGUUGGACUACCUGGACUUUGUUUUACUUCAUCUUCAUAGCUUGGGUCACUAAAGAAUCUGGAAUAACGUUAUACUUCCAAGAUGAUGUGCGAGGUGAUGCCCACCAUCAGCGAGGCCGAAGGGCCCGGUGGGGGAGGUGGCAGCGGCCGUCGAGGCUCUGGUUCUCCACUGCAGUCGGACUCCGAGGGUCACUUUGAGUCGUUGAUGGUUUCCAUGCUGGAGGAGAGGGAUCGGCUUCUGGAGACUCUGAGAGAGACUCAGGAGAAUCUGGGCCUGACUCAGAGCAAACUGCAUGAAGUGAGCCAUGAAAGGGACUCACUGCAGAGGCAACUGAACACCGCUUUACCACAGGAGUUUGCUGCACUAACAAAGGAGGUGAACAUGUGCCGGGAGCAGCUUCUGGAGAAAGAGGAGGAGAUUGCAGAGCUGAAGGCGGAGAGGAACAACACACGGCUGCUGCUGGAGCACUUGGAGUGCCUGGUGUCUCGCCACGAGCGGAGUCUGAGGAUGACCGUGGUGAAGAGGCAGGCUCAGUCUCCAGCCGGUGUCUCCAGCGAAGUGGAGGUCCUCAAAGCUCUUAAGUCACUUUUUGAACACCACAAAGCCCUCGAUGAGAAGGUAAGAGAGCGACUUCGUGUUGCUUUGGAGCGAUGCAGCGCGUUGGAGGAACAACUCACCAUUUCACACAAAGAACUGGCUUACCUCAGGGAGCAGAACAGUCAGAAGAGAGGACUGGCCGACGGAACCAGCGAGGUCAACCACAACUCUGAAAACACUCCCAGCACCAACGGCAAGCAGCGGUUGUCAGAUGAUUCGCUGAGUCAGGAGGAUGAGUUCGGGAAGGUUGGUGAGCUCCAGGAGGUCGUGGACCGCCAGACAGCUGAUUUAGGCCAGAUGAAGGAGCGCAUGGCGUCCAUGGUGUCACGCAUCAGUGAGCUGGAGGAGGACCUGGACACGGCCCGGAAGGACCUAAUCAAGUCUGAAGACAUGAACACACGGCUACAGAGAGACCUCAGAGAGUCGAUGGCUCAGAAGGAAGAUAUGGAGGAGAGGAUCACUACCCUUGAGAAGCGUUACCUCGCAGCUCAGCGGGAAGCGACCUCCGUCCAUGACCUGAACGAUAAGCUGGAGAAUGAAGUGGCCAACAAGGAGUCCCUUUUCAGACAAACUGAGGAGAAAAACCGGCAACUCCAGGAGAAACUGGAACUGGCUGAGCAGAAGCUGCAACAGACCAUCCGCAAGGCUGAGACUCUGCCUGAGGUGGAGGCCGAGUUGGCCCAGAGGGUCGCCGCCCUCACGAAGGCAGAGGAACGCCAUGGCAACGUGGAGGAGAGACUCAGGCAACUAGAGGCCCAGCUGGAGGAGAAAAACCAGGAGCUGCUCAGGGCUCGGCAGCGAGAGAAGAUGAAUGAGGAGCACAACCGACGUCUGUCAGAGACUGUGGACAAGCUCCUGUCGGAGUCCAACGAGAGGCUGCAGCUUCACCUCAAAGAGAGGAUGUCGGCUCUGGAGGAUAAAAAUGCCUUGAUAAGGGAACUGGAUCACACUAAGAAACUGAUUGAGGAGUCUCACCAUGAGAAGGAGCAGCUCCUGAUACAAAUAGAGACCAUGAGGGCCGAGAACGAGCAGGAUCGGAGUCGGAGCAACUCCUUACUGCAUGGGCGCUCUCAGCUGGGCAGCACCCCAGAUUUCAGGUAUCCGGUGUCGGCUUCCUCCAUGAUGGACAGCGACUCGGAUCAUUACAGCAGCGCUCUCGUCCUGAGGCGGCCUCAGAAAGGACGAGUGGCGGCGCUCCGGGACGAGCCAUCCAAGCGACAUGUUCAGACUUUGAAUGAGCAGGAGUGGGAGCGCAUGCAGCAGGCUAACGUUCUGGCUAAUGUGGCCCAUGCCUUUGAGAGCGACAUGGACGUCUCAGACCUGGAGGAGGACCGGGAGACCAUUUUCAGCUCUGUGGACCUGCUGUCCCCUGCUGGCCAGGCCGACGCUCAGACCCUCGCCUUAAUGCUGCAGGAGCAACUGGACGCCAUCAACAAUGAAAUUAGGAUGAUCCAGGAGGAGAAGGAGAACACAGCGAUCCGGGCAGAAGAGAUCGAAUGCAGGGUUGGCAGCGGCGACGAUCUGGGAGCACGAUUCCGCUCUAUGAGCUCCAUCCCCCCAUCACUGUGCGUCGGCUCCUCAUUGGGCAGCUCACCGCCCGGCUCGGGCCAGUCCACCCCCAGGCGGAUUCCCCGCAGCCCCAACAGAGAACUGGAUCGGAUGGGUGUCAUGACCUUGCCUAGUGACCUGCGCAAGCACCGCAGGAAGACUGCUCCGGACGACAAGGCCACUAUCCGAUGUGAGACGUCCCCCCCCACCACUCCACGCUCCAUGCGUCUAAACAGAGAGGCGGGACACGCUGCCAGUCACGAAGACAUCAGAGACAUUAGAGGUCUGGGAAGCCUGCAGGACGGUCAGGGCAGCAACCCGAGCAGCAGUAACAGCAGCCAGGACUCUCUCAACAAAGCAGCCAAGAAGAAGAGCAUCAAGUCUUCCAUCGGACGCCUCUUUGGGAAGAAAGAGAAGGGCCGACCCAGCAUUCCUGGCAAGGACUCGCCCAGCCAAGCUGGAACUCCUGAGGCAGAGAGUUCUCCGAAGGAUGGCUUGGGAAUGGGAACGCUAGGGGGUCCUGCAGAGAAGAACAGGAAGCUGCAGAAGAAUCCAAAGACUGGGCAUGAAUUACUGGAGGAGGCCCGCAGGCAGGGCCUGCCGUUUGCCCAGUGGGACGGUCCAACUGUCGUGGCUUGGUUGGAGCUGUGGGUGGGCAUGCCGGCCUGGUACGUGGCGGCGUGCCGUGCCAACGUGAAGAGCGGAGCCAUCAUGUCGGCGCUGUCAGACACAGAGAUCCAAAGAGAGAUUGGAAUCAGCAACCCGCUGCAUCGUCUCAAACUUCGCCUGGCCAUCCAGGAAAUCAUGUCCCUCACCAGCCCCUCAGCCCCACCGACCUCCAGAACGACCACAGGAAACGUUUGGGUCACACAUGAAGAAAUGGAAAGUUUGGCAGCCACACCUCCUACGGAGGAUGACGAGGGUAGCUGGGCCCAGACGCUGGCGUACGGAGACAUGAACCACGAGUGGGUGGGUAACGAGUGGCUGCCCAGCCUGGGUUUGCCGCAGUACCGCUCCUACUUCAUGGAGUCGCUGGUGGACGCGCGCAUGCUCGACCACCUCACCAAGAAAGACCUCAGAGGACAGCUGAAGAUGGUGGACAGUUUCCACAGGAACAGUUUUCAGUGUGGCGUGAUGUGUCUGAGGAGACUCAACUACGACCGGAAGGAGUUGGAGAGGAGGAGAGAGGAGGCUCAGCUGGAGCUGAAAGACGUGCUGGUGUGGAGUAACGAGCGUGUGAUCAGCUGGGUUCAGGCCAUCGGGCUCAAAGAGUACAGCAACAACCUUUAUGAGAGCGGAGUUCACGGAGCGCUGCUCUCCCUGGACGAAACCUUCGAUCACAACACCCUGGCCCUGCUGCUGCAGAUCCCCACUCAGAACACACAGGCCCGAGCAGCUCUGGAGCGAGAAUACAACAGUCUGCUGGCCAUCGGCACGGACCGGAGGAUGGAGGAGGAUGAUGAUAAGAACUUCCGGCGUGCGCCCUCGUGGAGAAAGAAGUUCCGGCCCAAAGACGUGCGGGGGAUGUCUCUGGGCGCGUCGGACACGCUGCCCCCGAACUUCCGGGUGACGAGCAGCGCGGCGUCUCCCUCCACGCAGCCAAAGAGGAGUCCGAUGGACGGAGGUCAGUCUAUACAGAGGCUGGACACGGCCACAGUCAGGACCUACUCUUGUUAACACAACGUUUAUCCUCAUUAUUUCUAUAGGUAACCGCUGGUCAGAGGAUGAAGGGGAGUUCCCUGCGUUUAAGACCAGGAUGAUGAACUGAAAUGACUUGCAAGGACGCUCACUCACCAAUCUCAGUAUCCCCAGCGGAGACUUUCUAGCUUGAUCUACAUUUUUAUGAUAUUUAUGUCAACCAAUGGGACAUUUAAUUGAUUUUAGGACUUCUAUGUAACCUAUUUUGCCUCUAUCCCUCUUAAUCAACCCACUUUUAUAAAAAAAAGAUUCUCCACAGUUUGAAGCUGAAUGUUUGUUUGUCUGGAGUUUCUACCAACAGACAUUUUAUCUAAUGUUUUUUAUAAUCCUGAUUUUAUUGACCAGAUGUAUGUUUUCUUUCUCUAAUCAUUGAAUUUAUGCUGACUUUGAUAUAACUUAAUUCAUAACUUUUGCCCACUCCUUCCCCUCCAUCUGUUUAACUGUUGUAGUUUGUGUAGCUUAUUCCUGGUGAUUUUGUGUAAAUGGAGCUCUUAGGUCAACAGACGUGUGAAUAUCGGACAUAUUGCUGGAGUUUCCAGACUCAGUUUCACAAACUGCUCGACACUGUGACUCACCCGGGUGACCAUAAUGACAGAUAUCAUGUGAAACGAAGAGUUUUCCUUCUAUAUUUUUCAUAUCUUUUAUACCAAAAUGAAACCUAAAGAAUUAAAGCCAUAUAACAGCAGCAGAGGGCUACUUCCGGAUGCAAGAGAAAUCCGACUUCCAGGUUCUCUGUGGUUGACCUUGCAUGUGAAAACUACUCCAUAUACCUGUUUGACACUCACAUAUCCCUUUAAGAAAAUCAAACCUUCCUCACCUCUGGAGGACUCGCUUGUACACGUGGACUUUAGACGUACCAACGAGUCCAAUGUGUGAGAACUCCUUCGAUGGACCAACUUCACCGAGGCCUCAGCAGAUCCCCGCUGCAGUCACUGAUAACCUCCAAGGCGGUGCGAUCCACCCACACACCUUUUAUAAAAACACUUUGUAUGAAGAUUUCAUAUCAAGCCUUAUUAUUUCUUAACUCCUUUCUCAUCUAUUCUUAUUUAUUGUUGCUCAUCCACGUCGUCUCGUCGGUUCUAGUUUCAGAGCUAAAGCUCCUCUCUGUUCUCUGAAUGUCCCGUCUGCUCUCACAACACAGGUUCCAGCUUCAGGAGGAACCAAAGUUUUUCCCUUCAUGUAGCUGAAGCGUCUAGUAGAAAUGUUUUGUUGUUUUUGUGGUUUAGUCAUUUCUGCACAAAUCGUGUUGCUGUUUUUAUUUCUGCUCUUCCUGUUGAAUCUUCUGAUCUUGUAACAAUGAUGUACAGUCUGAGUACUUAUAAACUAUUUUUAUCACAGUAUUAUUUAUUGCUUACUUUCAAUAAAUACUGAAACUUAUUUUCCACUGCA